AGGUAGAUAACAAACCAAACCAUGGCGGAGGCUGCUGUUGAAUUAGAUAAAUGUUUGGCCCAUGAAGAAGACUUGAUAGGAAAGGAAAUAUGUCAAAUGACAGAGAACUUAAUCCGGGAUCAUGAAAAAGAAGGAAUCAAGAUGAUCCAACUGGGAGAUAUGUACAAAGCAAGAUGUGUGAAGGGAUCAACUGAUAGAGAACACUAUGUAAAUGCUGUGGCCCUGUAUAAUAGCGCCAGUGCCUUUCUGAAUGCUGCAGCAGAGGAUGGAUCUAAUGUCAGUCAGUACCAAAAGAAGAUACCUCCCCUCUGUAAUGAAGUUGAGAUGUUGUACUUGAAGAAUAUUCUUAGACAAUCUGAUACAAGUCAAGCUACAUCAAAACUCACAAAAAUAGAAAUUGGCAAGACCAAGAAGGAAGAACUAACUAGUUAUCGAUGUUGCCUGAAGGGAGAAGUUGAAAAACUAAUGGAAGUCUGGAAAGCCUGUCCAAAACCUGAAGAAGGAAUAGGAAACCACUACAACCUAAAAAUAAAUGAUUUAACGAGAUUGAUUUGUCAAAAUAAUACAAAGUUUAUCAAAGAAUUCAGUGCUGAGAUAAUGGAACAGUGUAUAUCUAUGUGUGGGCCUCCGCCAUGUAGAUUCACAAUGGUUGGACUAGGCUCCCUGGCCAGAGGAGAAACAACUCCAUACUCCGACAUGGAGUAUUUAUUUUUGACGGAAAGUAACAGGUUCAAUGAAUAUUUCCUGGACUUGCACUUUUACUUCCAAAUCCAAGUACUCAACUUUGGUGAGACUCCCCUUCCUGCUGUUGGCAUUCCAAGCUUGAACAACUUCUAUCAACAAAAUGAUGAUAAUGACUUUUUUGACGAUGUUACCCCCAGUGGCUUUAAGCUAGAUGGAAACAUGCCAUGGGCUGCUAAGAUACCCCCUGGCCACAAAAAGACAGUGACAAAAGACCCACUGAGUCUAAUAGGGACCCCUAUCUAUAUGGCAACACUCAGCACAACUGAGGCAGACAAGAAACAUGGUUACCACCUUGCAACAAUCAUCUCUACAUCAACAUAUAUCAUGGGUGAUGAGGAGCUAUUCAAAGAGUUUGAAUCCCAGUUGGCCCUUGUGCGUUCAAAGGAGGAUAAGCAAGCUUUGUCCAGUGUUUGUCUUGAACGCACCAUAGAAGAUUGUAUGAAGUAUGCUUAUGCUGGUUGGUCCAAUGAAGACCUCUUUAGUAAACAUGCAAAAAAAGAUUACUAUAGAUUCCCAUCCAUCUUAAUAAACAACCUGAAGGAUCUCUAUAUGAUCAAUAAAUCCUCUCCAUGGGAAAUCAUUGAAGAAUUAAGCAAAGAAUUGAGCCAAGAAAUGUGUUCCCACUUACUGUUCAUGAUCAAUGUUGUCAUAGGGAUCCGCUUGUUUACAUAUUGUUUUAAAAAUCAACAACAUGAUAGCAUCCAAGUUUGGCAACAAUUUCAAUCAUCUGAAUUACCAGUUAGUCUUGUCACACUAAACAAAGUCUCAAGAGAAAAUCUUACCAUUCCCUUCCCCAAACUCAUGCAGCAUUAUCUGCUGAGAUACAUCAGCACAUCAGAAUCUAUUACAGAUCAAUUGACAAAUCAAACUGACAUGAAUCCACAGUUCAUGAAAUCAGUGUUUCUGUUUUGCGACUGCAAACUUUGCAUUCUGAGAGUGAAAAUGUUGACAAAAGUAGAGUCAGGUGAUGUCAUAGAUGAUCCUGAUGCGAUGUUUGCAUCAGUAAAAACAUCAUGGCACCAACACAAAUACCCUGUCACCAAGACAAAUGUAAUUGGUAAAGUACAAUUCUGUCAUUCCUUGAACGGUGACCAUCAGGCUAGACUUGAUGUCUUACUUGAUGCUGUGCAUUCAGAUCAAUUCCAAACUAAGUAUGAUAAAACAUACCAUUUGCACAAUAUAGCUAGCUCUCACUAUGAUCUUGGUAAUAAGUCAGAGGCUCUGAAAUAUAUAGAUGAUGCCAUAGCAUUGGCUGAAUCAAAUCCUGCUAGUAUUAGUGUCAUCUGGCAUUGUAUGAUAUCAAAGGCUGAAUUUCUAUUCAGCUACAAGGAAUAUGACAGCCUGAAACAAUGUUGUAGGAAGAUCAUCCAGAUGCUUCCUCAGUGUGAGCCUGGUACGGAAACAGAUACAGGUAAUGCUAACAUGUAUUAUUACUACUCUGCUGCUCUCAUCGACAGCAAAGAGUAUGAGGAAGCACUGGAUUGCCUUAUAAAGGCAAGGUCUGUUUAUGUUGAAGUGUUUGGAGAGUCUCAUCAGAAUUACAAAGAUGUUUUGAAAAGAAUGAUAACCUGCUACUAUGCAUUGGGGAAGGUGAAGGAGGCACAAUAUUUUGAGAAAAAAUUGUCAAAGGAAUUUUUUUAUUUUUUUUUGUCAAAAGAAUUACCUAGAUUGAAGAUAUACAUGUACAUGUAUUUCCCAUGAGAUAUGUUUAUUGAAACAAUACAAUUGAGACACAUUGUUUGAGGUUUCUCAUUCUUUGAGGUUUUUUGUUAACAUGGAGAAUAACAUUCAACUCUUAAUAUUACAACUCGCAAGGGCGUAGCGCUAUUUUUAGGAGUAUUAGCCAUAACAGAAAUACAAGUUGAGCGAAGCAAAAAACGAGCGUUCAGGGGGGUCUAAGAGUCUGGGUUCUCCCUCGGAAAAUUUUGAAGUUUGGUUGUAUUUGGAGUGUAUUUGCAACAAUCUGGUAUGCCCGUGCAUACCAGGCGUAUCGAGUGCUAUGCCUAUGACUCGCCUAUUAUAAACUUAAAAACUAGAUGCUGCAUGUUGUCCAUGCAAAAAAUUGGAAAUAUUAUAUUUAAA